AUGAAUCCAUCUACGGCUUUCCCCAAGGCCGCGGCUAUCCCCGCGCGUCUUUUGCGAACCCAGCGACAAUGCUCAAAACAGACUUCCAACAAUACCAUUCGCGCAUCUACUCAAACAAGAAACUAUCAUGCAACUGUCUCCGCUUCCCCGGCUCGGCGUCUCCGGGAGGAUGUUUGCAAGAGAAAGGACUCGUUGGUGAUAUCGGCUAGGGCCUUCCACACUACCUCUCCUCUUGCGGCUAUCUCCGAUCCCUACAAGGUUCUCGGCGUGGAUAAGAAAGCAUCUGCUGGCGACAUCAAGAAGGCGUACUACGGCUUGGCCAAGAAGUAUCACCCCGACACCAACAAAGAUCCCAAAGCCAAAGACAAGUUCGCCGAGGCCCAGACAGCCUAUGAGUUGUUAUCCGACGCCCAAAAGCGAGAGAACUUUGACCGGUACGGUUCGGCCGCCUUCGAUCAGAAUGGCGGGUUCGAUCCCAGCGGCGGUAACCCAUUCGCUGGUGCGGGAGGAUUCCACGGCUUUGGCGGCGGAUUUGGCGGUGGUGGUGGCUUUGGCGGCGGCUUUUCCGGCGACAUAAAUUUCGAAGACCUUUUUGGAGCCUUCACUGGAGGAGCACGCCGUGGCCCCCGGGGCGGGCGCAAUCCUUUCCAAGAACAGAUCUUGGUUGGUGAAGAUAUUGAGGUGCAGACCAACAUUUCAUUCAUGGAUGCUGCGAAGGGCACAACUCAGGAAAUCGUCAUCACGCCAUUGACCAAGUGUGGAACCUGUAAAGGCGAUGGGUUGAAGGCAGGUGCCAAACGUUCCCAGUGUCGUCAGUGCAACGGUACUGGUACCCGCGUCCAUAUGAUGCAGGGAGGCUUCCAAGUCGCCGCCACGUGCGACGCUUGUGGAGGUGCCGGCAUGUCUGUUCCCCGCGGGUCAGAGUGCAGCCCUUGCAGAGGAAACGGCGUAACCAGGGAGCGCAAGUCUAUCAAGGUCGAUAUCCCCGGGGGUCUCGAGGAUGGCAUGCGCUUGCGAGUCACUGGAGAAGGUGAUUCUCCGCCAACUGGAACCGCCGCUCCUCCCAAUGCUCGUACUCGGCCCGGUGAUCUUUACGUCUCUAUUCGAGUUGCCCCAGACCACCGCUUUAGCCGCUCCGGAUCCGACAUUCUGUAUACAGCCUCAAUCCCUCUUACCACAGCCAUCCUUGGUGGUGAGGUGACGAUCCCAACUCUCGAUAACCAAGUGAAGGUCAAGGUGGCUACCGGUACCGGUACCGGUGACCGAAUCACUCUGUCAGGAAUGGGUAUGAAGAAGCUUGGUGCCCGUGCGCGCGGUUUCACUCCCAAUGGCGAUCUUAAGGUUGAGUUCAAGGUCGCCAUGCCCAAGUACUUGACAGGCAACCAGCGCACCAUCUUGGAAGUCCUCGCCGACGAGAUGGAUGAUAAGACAGCGAAACGGACAAUGAACUUUAGCAAGGAGAGCUCCUCUUCUGCUUCCGGUAACGCUGAAGACGCGGAUAAGCACGAAGGAUUCCUGAAGUCUGUCUGGCAUCGACUCACAGAGAAGCACGGUGAAUGCAAGCCAUCCCAGGCUGACAAGAAGGACACCGAAAACAAAGAUGCUGGCAGCGAUGCCAGCAAGGAUAGCUCGAAGAAGAGCUAA